AUGCUGCUGCACGUCUUGCUGUGCGUCGCCACCUCCCUUCCUCUGAGCGUGCCCACUUUAGUCAACGCCGCUCUGGCAAGGGCAAGGGGGGCAAGGGAGCGGGUGGAUCUAGAGGAGGCAGUGGCGGAGGAGGUGGGGGUGGCGGGGGGAGUGGGGGUGGCGGUGGAGGUGGUGGCGGGAGUGGAGGUACUAGUGGCGGCGGUGGAGGCGGAGGUGGCGGCGGAGGUGGUAGCGGAGGAGGCGGUGGGAGCGGUGGGAGCGACGGUCCUGGUGGGGGAGGUGGCGGUGGAGACGGGGGUGGCGGUGGAGGCGGGGGUGGUGGUGGAGGCGGGGGUCGGAGCGCCCACGCAGCCCGUCGCUGCUUUGGCCGCCUGA